GUUACGUAAUGACCUUGUGCAUUCUGCUAGCUCGUCGUUCCUUAACAAUGUGCAUGGAUCAUGCAUGAUUAAAGAUCAUCCUCGGUUGUCAACAUACUUCUGGAACUUUGAACUUUAAAUAUGUCAACAUAGUUAUCUUGUCGUUCAUAGGCAAUUUUACAUGUUGCACUUAUGUCGUAUAUUUUAUAUAAGGCCAAGGAUAACAAGAGGAUUUCCUGUAUUAUUUUAUGAUAUUUUCACCUAGGGCGUCAUGACAGUAUGUGAAAAAACAGUGAACCAAUAUGAAAACGAUUCAUAUACUGAAGGUUCUGAAGCCGAAACCGAUACAGGGGAUAACCUUGGUUCAGAUUCACAUGACGAUAGAAAUGUUGACGGUGGAUGGGCCUGGGUCGUCUUAGCAGGAUCAACAGUCCUGUUUUGUGUAUUUGGAUCUACAAUGAAAGGAUUUGGUGUGUUCUUCAAUGGUUUUAUAGAUGAGUUUGGUGCUAGUUCUUCUAUCACUGCCGUCAUACCUGGUGUACUACAGGGUACAUAUAGCCUUUUUACUCUUCCAGUCCUGACUAUUGGAUUGAGAUACUUUACUACCAAACAGUUUUGCAUAGUCACUGGGCUAAUGGCAAGUGCUGCUUUCAUAUCCUGCAGUUUUAUUGAAACAGUCCAUAUCCUCAUAAUAACAAAUGGUGUUAUGAUUGGAGCUGCAUUUUCUCUCUGUCAUGGUCCUUUAUUGUAUCUGAUUAGUCUUUACUUUGUUAAAAGGAGAAAUCUAGCUCAAGCCGUUGUUGUAGCUGGGUUUAGUUUUGGUGGGUUCGUUUUCCCGCCAGUUUACACGUAUCUUAUAAAAGAAUAUGGACUUCGAGGAGGCACCUUGAUAACUGGAGGAAUACAACUAAAUGUUGUAGCUAUUGCUUUACUGUUAAGACCAAAACGAUUGAAAGCUCAGGAGGAUGUUGAAAUCCUCAUGGAAGAUCAAACAAAUGAUGAUAUAAAGAAAACAAGUUCACUCUAUCAAUUACCCACUAUAGACUCCACAGACAAAACAUCACAUCAGCUAUUACUAGGAAAUAAUGAUAGAGAACGAAGUUACAGUGAAUCUUUAACUUAUCCAAUGAUUGAUAAAGUGAAUGGUCUGAAUAUUAAUUCAGUUUCGGCACAACAUUUAGGAGUGACAGAACAUACCGGAUCAUUUAAUAAAUUUCUUAAUCAAAUUUCAAACUCCAGCAUUACACGUGUACUAGGAGAGAGUGAUGUAGUGAGCAUGUCUCUUUCGGAACUGAGAGUCGAUACAUUCAAGUCAUGUGAUUCUGUGGAAAGUAAUGUCACAUUGAAUUGUUCGAACAGAUUGAAAUUCUUUGUUGAUUGUACUGUAUUCCAUCAUUGGUUUAUGUGUGUAUUCUUAUUCGUUUAUUGUUUUGGUAGCAUUGGAUCUGCUUAUGUAAUCAUUUUCAUUGCUCCAUUCGCAAAGGACAAUGGUGUCAGCCCAGAGAGAGUAGCCAGUCUCGUCUCAAUUGUAAAUGCUUGUGAUUUUACUGGAAGAUUAAUGAAUGGAGUGAUAACAGACAGAAAAAUAUUGAAAAACCACCAAUCAAUCUUAAUAACAUUGUCCAUAACAACUGUUUGUUUGGCACUAUCGCCUCUAUACACUGAAUACUGGCAUUUUGUGCUUCUUGCAGUAAUUGCUGGAUUUUGUGCUGGAGGUAUAUUUGCUAUGACUCCAUCAGUUGUGGCCGAUUUUCUAGGAAUAGAUAAUUUUAGGUCGGCAAUGGGAAUUUUGGUAUUAGGUCAAGGUGUGACUUUAGGGUGUUCAGCUCCGUUCAUAGGGUACCUUAGAGACGUGACCGGAACAUAUAUAACAUCGUUUCUUUUUAUGGCCGGAUGUGAAUUCGUUGCAGUUGUUGUGUUAACUGUUGGUCUCCUUGUUAAACGUAAAUCUCUGUGAUAACUUCCUUAAUCUGAUGUUAGGAGUUAAAUAACAACAUAAAUCUCUGAGAUAACUUCCCAAAGCUCAUGUGGGAUUUGAUAGGACAACAGAAAUCCCUGAGAUAACUUCCCAAAUUUCAUGUGGGAUUUGAUAGGACAACAGAAAUCUCUGAGAUAACUUCCUAAAUUCCAUGUGGGAUUUGAUAGGACAACAGAAAUCUCUGAGAUACUGUAGCUUCUUUAAUCUCAUGUGUAGUUUUAAAGGACACAGAAAUUUCUGAGAUAAGUUCCUUCUUUUCGUGUGGGUGUUAUAGGACCAAAUAAAUCUCUGAGAACACGUCCUUAUAUUCAUGAUGGGUGUUAUAGGACAAAAGAAAUCUCUGUGAUAA